AACUUUAAUGAAAAGUUUUUCACUUUUUUAUUUUAUUUUUCUUUAGUUAUCUUUCUCUUACAGGUUUUUAAUUGAUUUAGAAACAGAUUGACAUCAGAGAUAAACAAAAUGCGUAACGGAUCACCAGCCCAGCAGGAGCAGCAGUGAGCACACACGUACAACAUUAUCACUCAGGAGAACAUGCAAGGAAUUUAUCGUGAAAUGUACCAUUUUUCUUGCAUUCAUUUACUAUAACAUCCAUCAAAAACAGAGGAAGUAUCAUGUCGUUGUUGGAGUCUGAGGUCUUCGCUGUUUUGGAGACACUUGUAAAAACCACUCUUCAUGAAAUGACUAAAGUUUUCUCACGAGGCACGUCUGCACCGGCAGAUACUGCAGUCAGCGAGCCUGCAAAUGUCGAGUUUACGACCCACUUGAACUGUGUUUUAGAAGAGCAGGCAAGGGAAGCUGGGGUUAAACUGUGCCAGCUUUUCUCUGCAAUUUUGCAACUUGAAUUGAGUCCCGGUGAGGUGCCACAGGACAGUUUGACUUCAAGAUUGAAGCGAGGUGAGAAACAGCAAAAGAGUGUACAGGAAGAUACUGAGAGCCACCAUAGAAGUCAGUUCACUGACCAGCUAAUGUUUGCUACUGAAGAGAAAUAUGCUGUUAUUGUGAACUGGGGACAGGAGAAAAUCAUAGACACUGAUCAAGUGGAAACGCAAAUUGCUGUGCCAUCACAGAAGAAUGAGCAAGACAUCAACUCAUCUGCAAUGCAGGAGGAUGCAGAAAAAUCAAAAAAUGUGAAAGUUUCAAAAAACACAAAGGUGCGAGUGAGCGUUCGGAGAAAAGGUCAACAGUUUACCUGUAAACACUGUAAAAGGAAGUUUGACUCGUAUGUGCGAUUGAGAGCUCAUUGGGUUGUCCAUGCAGCAACAGCAGAGAAGCCCUUCCGCUGCUCACAAUGUGAUAAACAUUUCCCAGAUAAACGCAGUUUGGAUGUACACCGUAAGCUUCACAAGGGACCGUAUAUUUGCGAUCAGUGUGGCACGACUUUCUCAAAAUAUAAAGAGUUCCAAUCUCACCAGAAGAUUCAUAAUGCAGACAAAUCUUUUACAUGUAAAGAUUGUGGGAAAUCUUUUCAGCAAGCUUACGGUCUCAGGAAGCAUCUAGUCGUCCACUCGGCAGAAAAGCAGUACACAUGCGAUGUAUGUGGAAAGAGCUUCGGCCUUCGUAACAAUCUGCAUCGACACCAGAGAAUCCACACGGGCGAGAAGCCGUUCAGCUGUCAGACUUGCGGGAGAAGUUUCAACCAGCUAGAUACGCUGAAGUCGCACAGACUAACUCACACUGGUGAGAAACCGCACAAAUGCAAAACAUGCGGUCAGGGCUUUGUACAGAAGUGGAUGCUCACCUUGCAUGAAGGGCAAACCGGCCACAGCUGUGUUGUGUGUGGCGGGGUGUAUGCUUGCAUAAAUACGCUAAAAACACACUUCCAGGUUCAUGCUGGAAAGUUGCCCGCUCCCUGUAGAGUCUGCGGAAAGACUCUUAACUCCAUCAGCGCCUUAAAAUCUCACCAGCAUACGGACGCAGUCAUCUCUAAAUACAGCUGUACUGUGUGUGGAAAGUCCUUUAAGAGUGCAGGCUACUUGAAGGUACAUAAGAGAAUUCAUACGGGGGAGAAGCCCUUUGGCUGCUCGGUGUGUGGGAAAGCAUUUCGUCAACAGGCUAGCCUUAAAGCUCACCAGGUCUUGCAUACCGGUGAAAGACCUUUUGGUUGCGACGUGUGUGAAAAAGGAUUUUGCACCCUAGGAAAUCUCCGAAGGCACCAGCGGAUACAUACCGGAGAAAAGCCGUUCACCUGUGAGGUGUGUGGACGAGGUUUUAAUCAGUCUAAUUCUCUCAAAGCUCACAUGCACAUUCACACGGGCCAGAAGCCGUACAUGUGCGACAAAUGUGGGAAAAGUUUUGCUUAUUUGAGAAAUAUGAGGAGCCAUAAAUGUUUGUAAAUAUACAGUGAAGUUAUAUUUCAGUAUAGAGGCUGUCACUAAACAUGCUUAUUUGAAUUGUGUUGUGUAAAAUAGAUGGCAUCUAUGAGUUUACUUUAGGAAUGUUGAAUGAACUGUAAAGUACUUUUUGGAAAUGCAAAAUAAAGUCUUUACAAUUCUUAAAGGGUUGGCAAUGCCUACAUUA